AUGCCGGGGGUUUCAAUGCGAAGCGUGUCGUCAACCUUGCCGGAGGCAGCUCAGACAGUGUCAAGACAUCCCAAUGGUUCGAGGCUCCUGCUAACAUUCCCAACCCUUACGCCAUCCAGUUCCACUACUACAGCCCAUGUAAGCCUUAUUUCGGUACUCUUUGCACAAGAUACAACUGCUCAUUCGAUUGAAACUCUAGAUGACUUUAUCUUCGGCGCAUGGGGCAAAACAAUCUGGGGUUCCGAUGCUGAAAAGGACACUCUGACCACCGACUUCGAACUGAUUCGCAACAACUUCACCGACGUUCCUUUGGUCCUCGGUGAAUAUGACGCAUCCCCCACGAACACCGAGCCCGCCGCCCGCUGGAAGUAUCACAACCAGCUGGCCAAAGCCGCUGCUCAAUUUGACAUCGCCACCAUCCUCUGGGACAAUGGAUUGGACCACCUGGACCGUGAUGCGGCCAGCUGGCGCGAUAAAACCUCCAUUGACAUCCUGACCAAAACAACCGAAUCUACCUCCAACAGUCUACCCGACAGCACCGAGGAUGCCUCUGCGACCAGUCAAUCCUCCUCGGCUUACAUCUUCCACAAAUCUGGCACCCAAGUCGCUGCCCAGACCUUGCCUUUCAUCCUGAACGGUAACACUCUCGAAUCGAUCAAAGAGUCUGGCGGCAGCACUCUCUCAAAGGGAUCCGACUACAGCGUCUCGGGAUCCAAUGUCGUCUUCUCUGCCACUUACCUCUCCAAGCACUUCUCCUCGUCCACGAACCCGGGUGUCGUUGCUACCCUAACACUCCAGUUCUCCGGCGGCGUCGCCUCCCCUACGAUCCAGCUGGUUCAGUGGGACAAACCCACCCUCUCGUCUACCUCCGCCUCUGCGUCCUCGGUUUCCGGCUCGGAUCUCUCGAUCCCCGUCACCUGGAAAGGUCUUUCCAAAUUAGCGACCGUCAAGGCCCUCACGUCAAGCGGAAAGUACCUGUUCGACGACUGGACUCAAUACCUGGGUCCCUUGCAACAGGCUAGAACAACAUACUCCGGCCAGUGGAACUGGGAUGACAAGAAUGUUAUUCUUACGUCUGCUGCUAUCGAUGCCGUUGUGUCGGCUGGUGAGACUACGACGUUCACAUUCGAGUUUUUCCCUAGGGUCAAUGGAACGGCUAAUACGGUUGAGUUCAAAUUGACUGUUUAG